UAGUAGUUCCUGACACCGCGGCCCCGCACGUGGCGAGCCGCCCCCCGCCCCUCCGCCACGUACUGCGUUACGUCCUCCUCCAGGGACAGCGACCAGCGGCGCUGCGUCCCCGAGUGGGCGGCGGGCGUGGUGAGGUGCUCGUGGCGGAGGCGGGCGUGGCCGCGCUGGGGGAAGGUGGUGUUGGUGGUGGUCGCCGGGCUGAGGGUAGAGAGGCGCUAAUGUGUGGGUGCUGGUGAGGGUGGCAGCCCAAGACGUCACGGUGCGCGCCGCGGGGUCCUCCACCAUCAUCACGGACGUGAGGGAGCGCGCGCGGUGCAUCAGUGUUGCCACGGUGACGGUGGUGGUGGGCAUGAUACAGAUGCGGGAGCUGGAGUUUGUGCCCAAUGGAGACAUGCAGCUGGGCAAAUUCUGUUGCUCAUUGCUCAGACUGGAGUUUACAUGUAUACCUCCUUCACCAUCAUUGGUGGACACUUCACCAUGAGUAUGAUUCAAAUGAGCAAAAAACAUGCACACACCGAUGGACUCUGUCUCCUCAUGCACUACAGCAUGCUCAAGCUGCUACUUCCUGUCACUCAGCUCAGCCACCUCCUUCAUGCUGCAAGUUAACCUGCUCUCCAGGACCCUCCGUAAACUGUUUGCGGCCACCUACGAGGACCUUGCCAAGAAGAUGCUUGCCUACACAACCCCAACGGACACAGCUCUGUACCGGCGCAUCCCGGCUAACACGACAGGCCUCGCCAGCAUCCUCUUCUUCAUCGAGCGACUCCAGAGGUGCUACAUACCCACGGGGGAGAAGCCUGUUAGCAUGGGAGUUGCUGCUGGCUGGUACAUGUUGUCAGCUCUCCUACAACAAGGCUCCAACACCUACCCAAUCAGCACUGCAGCACGGGUAAUCUACUGGGUUGGCUACAGUGUGUCCCUCAUUGUGUACACAUCAUACUCUGCCACACUGGUCUCACAUCUUGCUGUGGAGCAGCCUGCACCUCUGCCAUUCAGCAACCUGCGGGACCUGUCUAGGCAGUCAGGCUGGGAUGCUGGAUGCAACAACAAUGACCUCUUCCAAGUGACAGCCUCGGUGGGUCCUUGGCUUCUUGCUGUGUGAACUGAUAUACCAUCCAGUGGUUGAGAGUUGAGGAGAGAGAGAGAGAGAGAGAGAGAGAGAGAGAGAGAGAGAGAGAGAGAGAGAGAGAGAGAGAGAGAGAGAGAGAGAGAGAGAGAGAGAGAGAGAGAGACAGAGAGAGAGAGAGAGAGAGAGA